GCUAAAGAAUACUCCAAAACACCUUCAACAAGUCGAUAAGCGCUUUGUUAAGAGGUUGCCACCUGUGUUUAAGUAUCGCUAUCGAUACAUUUCUGCACACCGAGCAAAACAGCUGUAGACGAGUCGUAAAUAGACGCUUGUUUUUUGUUAGUAAAUUGAAAUUUAAGCGAAACGCAAAAGGUGCCACAAAAUGUCAUCAGCCAUAUAUUUAGAAAACUAUCUAGAUGGAUUGGAGUCCCUGCCCACUGAAUUGGAGCGAAAUUUCAAGCUGAUGAGAAAACUUGAUGAUCGGGCACAAACCGCCAUGAAAAGCAUCGACAGCCAUGCAAAAGAUUUUAUGCGCAAGCUGACUUCUGAGAACGGUGGUGCAAUGAGCGAGGAAGACCGCAAAGAGCGCCUAGAGGACAUCAAAGCAUUGUUCGGCAAGGCCAAGGAAUACAGUGAUGAUAAGGUGCAACUGGCCAUACAAACUUAUGAACUGGUGGAUAAACAAAUCCGUCGGCUCGACAAUGAUUUGGCACGCUUCGAGGGCGAGAUACAGGAAAAAGCAUCCUCUACGCGGGCCAAAUCCGAGGAAGCAGUUGCCAAAAGUGGUCGCAAGAAAACCAAGGAUGCUAAAGCGACGGGCAAAAAGGAAAAGCCCGCUUCCUCCGACGAGGAAACUGGGCGCAGCGGUAAUCAUUCGAACAGUGCGAGCGGCGCAACUCUUAACGCCAGCAGCAGCGCUGGUCAAGGUACCAAAAAGAAAAAGUCCAAGGUAAAUCAAGAAAAAGAAACACGCAAGGGGGGCGCUCAAAAGAAAGCCGCUGAUGUCGAUGAUUCAGAAAAGGAAUCUUCUCAUACUGCCGCCACGCAUCCUAGCGAUGUUAUGGACAUGCCUGUGGAUCCAAACGAACCUACGUAUUGCUUGUGCCACCAAGUUUCCUAUGGCGAGAUGAUUGGCUGCGACAAUCCGGACUGUCCCAUCGAGUGGUUCCACUUUGCUUGCGUUGGCCUCACCACAAAGCCAAAAGGUAAAUGGUUUUGUCCAAAAUGCACGCAGGACCGUAAAAAGAAAUAAAAUCUUGCUACUGCCCCGAUGGUCGUCAAUGUAAAUAGCCUAUAACGCCGCUUAGUUGAUAGUUUAGUCUAAGCAUUGAG